AUGGCAGACAACCCUAUUUUCAUCUCGUGGCGAACCAGCUCGCUGACGAUAAACUUGACCAAAAAUCAAUUUGGGGCAAUUUGUCUUUACGAAAUUCUCUCGUUGAACUAUAACCAUCAAAAGUCGGCUUCGCGUAUUUUUGCCUCGUCUGAAUUGCCACUCAUCAGUGUUCGGCUUAGCGGCGAGGGCAAUACCAACGACAAAACAGCAAAAUCACUUGUUGGCGGGUACUUGUCUUCAAGACUGAGAUACAAAAGUCACGAACAAAGCCAAGAUGGUGAUGUGCAGAGACUGGACAUCCACAGUCAGGAUGAAAGAGCGGGAAUCUCGGUGACUGCUCAUUUGAGCGUGUACAAAGAUAUUCCCGUUCUUAGGUCAGCCGUUACAAUAACCAAUGAAUCCAACUUGUUGGAUGUUGUUGUCACCCAGCUUUCAUCUUUGACUAUCGGGGGCCUCACAACAAUUUCGAACGAGUGGAAUAAAGACUACGUUCUCAGGACGGCAACCAACAGCUGGUUUAGAGAAGCUCAAUGGCGCAAACAUUCCUUACCCGAUAUUGGUAUAGACAAGAAUGGAAUCUGCGAACUGCCGGAUGGUCACUCAGGCUCGCAGGCAACUUUUAGUCUCCAGAACAGGGGAUCCUUCUCGACAGGCUCACACCUACCAAUGGGUAUAUUGGAGUCUAACUCGAACUUAGACACCUGGGCUUGGCAGAUUGAGCACAAUGGGUCCUGGAGAUGGGAAAUUGGCGAUUACAAAGACAGUAUCUAUAUUGCGGCUGGAGGUCCAACCAAGGUGGACCACGACUGGAGUCAUACUCUGCAUCCCAGAGAAAGCUUUACCACGCCCCCAGUCUCGAUUACCCGCGUUUCAGGAUGUUUUCAAGAUGCCAUACGGGCACUAAACGACUACAGACGAAAAAUCAUACGGCCACAUGACGAUAACAAAAAGCUUCCAAUAAUCUUCAAUGAUUAUAUGAACUGUCUCAUGGGUAACCCAGAUGAAGAUAAGAUCGAAGCUUUACUUGAUCCUGUAGCCCAAUCAGGGGCUGAAUACUUUGUCAUUGAUGCCGGCUGGUACGCUGACGAUAGUAACUGGUGGGAUGACGUUGGCUUGUGGGAGCCCUCCGAGAAGAGGUUUCCAUCAGGCUUCAAAACCUUGAUGGACAAAAUCAAGAGCAAGGGCCUCAUUCCAGGACUGUGGUUAGAGCCCGAAGUCGUUGGUGUCCGGAGUGUUGUUGGCGACAGGUUACCAGAAGACGCCUUUUUCCAGGAAAAUGGGCAGCGGAUUAUUGAGAGAGGAAGAUUUCAACUUGACUAUCGUCAUCCCGAGGUGCGAGCCUGGAUGACUCAAGUUGUUGAUAGACUUGUGGUUCAUUAUGGCGCUGGGUAUUUCAAGUUCGACUACAACAUAGAAGUCAUUCAAGGAACUGAUGCUCCAGGUUCGUCAUCCGCUGGCGCAAAUCAGCUCCUCCACCAAAGAGCUUAUCUCGACUGGGUCAGGUCGCUUCUAGACAAGCAUCCGAACCUUGUGAUUGAGAACUGUUCCAGUGGCGCACAAAGGAUGGAUUAUGCCAUGUUAUCAGUUCACUCUCUUCAGUCCACCAGCGACCAGCAGGACCCUAUCCUACACGCAGCAAUUGCCGCAUCUUUGCCAACAAGUGUACUUCCAGAACAAAGUGCCAGCUGGGCAUACCCUCAACCGGAAUGGAGUGAUGAACUCAAUGCCUUCACUAUGGUGAACAGUCUACUGGGAAGAGUCUAUCUCAGUGGUAGGCUUGACUGCCUAAGUCCUUCGCAGUUAAGUCUCGUCAUUGAAGGUUUGCAAGCCUACAAGAUAAUUCGUCAGCAUCUCGUAACGGCACAUGCUAUCUGGCCUCUUGGACUACCUCACUGGCACGACUCCUGGAUUGCGCUGGGUUUAGAGACCAAUGAUGGUUUAUAUCUUGCAGUUUGGCGAAGAGGUGGUGGCUCUAGAAAAGAGAUACUAUUGCCAAGAUUGGCUGGAUCUGCCAAGGUUCAGGUCAAUGUCCUGUAUCCCAAGCGGCUACCAACCCAGGCCAUAUGGAAAGAGGCAGAGAGUUCUUUAGAGCUCGAACUCAGCGAAACAACAUGUGCCCGUCUGUUUCAUAUUACCAACUAG